CAUUAUAAUUUCAUACGCUAUAUAACCAUAGGAGAUUAUUUUUGUUCCGCUACAGCAUUCGUUUGUAUUACUUAGCAGAACAUGGCUAACAGGCAACUGCGAAGUGAAGUUUUGAAACGCGCCCUGAAGGCAUGCAUCGUCCAACCGGUAAUAAGAAAAUAUCAGGUAGUAGCCGUUCGUGCGAUGUGGGGAAGUGAUGUUGAUGCCCGCGAGGUCAUUUGGGGCAAGAGAAUGCAGAUGGAGAACAUAUUGCUUAGCAACGAACAAGUAUCCUGUUUUUUUUCUUGUAUUACCUAUAUGGCCAGACCUCGUAAGAGAAAGUCGAUGAGGAAUGAAGGGGAGGAAGAAGAAGGAGCCGACUCUAGCAGUGAAGGUGAUAACAGAAACGGCGCAAAUGCGCCUGAAACAUUUCCUGGCAUUUCUUUCUGGAUCGCGUGCGACUUGCCAAACUGUACCUUAAGUCAAUUUGAAACAAAUUUGUCGAAGUCUUUUAUGCAAGCCGGGUUGAAUUUAACAACGUGCAAUGCUAUACAGACAAGAGGUAAAUACUUGAACCUUUUAGUACUUGAAAUACUGUCAAUGUUUUUCGAAUAUUUUACGCCACAUUUGAUAUUUGUAGGCAAAACCAGUGCAUUGCAAGCAUUCUCAGGAUCGUUAUACCAAGUCUUGAAAGACCACAAUAGGGAAGAAGCAAAACGGAUAGUUGAGAUAUCCCAUCGCACAAUGAUUAGGAGUGCAGCUAGAGAUGAAGGUGUUCAACUUGACCACGUUGCUGUAAUGGAAAGCGAACAGUACUCGAUGAAACCCUGUCAGUUAAUUCUAACAAAAAAUAUUGAUAAAGAGGUAUAUCAAGAUGUAAUUCGUGGUUUAUCCGAAAUCAGAUUUACAUCGCUUGAUUUAAAAGUAAUUGAUAAAUCGGAAGGCACAGAAGUAACUAUUCCCGUUAAGCCAACUAACAAACUUUGUCAAUCCGUGGAUAUAGUUCGAAGGAUGAUGGAGAGGAAUAGCUUUGGGCUGUGCAAUGGAGGUGUAUACAAAAAAAUAGGAGAAAGCAGAUACACAUACGUUUACUGUUGUUCGGUGAAAAGCUAUCUCUAUCGCUCGUUGAAAAACAAAGCAAUCGCCAACGAAAUUACGCCAAAUUUACGAGAGUUGGUAUUUUUGCUGUCGGACGGCGAGUGCCAAAUAAUUGAUCAAAUAACUCUGGAUUACAAUUACAUUGAAUGCUUGCCAAAUGGAGUUUGUUAUAACAUCGCCAAAAAAUGUUUCGAUGUCAAGCCAAAUUUAAAGGGAUCUCCCCGAGCAUUCGUACGGUACUUUCAUCGUGAGGGAAAAAAUCCCGAACCAAAGCCAUUUAUAGAAGGUAAUUGUUUUUACUUUUCUUUUAACGCGUUAAGAAAAUGUGUUUUUUUUCUUUUAACGCGUUGUAACAUAUCAAGGUGGUAGUUGUAACGUGUUGUAACGUAUUGUAACUUGUUGUAACGCAUUGUCAGUGAAAAAAAUGUUUUUUUUUAUCUUUUAACGCGUUGUAACAUAUCAAGGUGGUAGUUGUAACGUGUUGUAACGUAUUGUAACUUGUUGUAACGCAUUGUCAGUGAAGAAAAUGUUUUUUUUUAUCUUUUAACGCGUUGUAACAUAUCAAAGUGGUAGUUGUAACGUGUUGUAACGUAUUGUAACUUGUUGUAACGCAUUGUCAGUGAAGAAAAUGUUUUUUUUUAUCUUUUAACGCGUUGUAACAUAUCAAAGUGGUAGUUGUAACGUGUUGUAACGUAUUGUAACUUGUUGUAACGCAUUGUCAGUGAAGAAAAUGUUUUUUUUUAUCUUUUAACGCGUUGUAACAUAUCAAGGUGGUAGUUGUAACGUGUUGUAACGUAUUGUAACUUGUUGUAACGCAUUGUCAGUAAAAAAAAAACGCAUUGUCAGUGAAGAAAAUGUUUUUUUUUAUCUUUUAACGCGUUGUAACAUAUCAAGGUGGUAGUUGUAACGUGUUGUAACGUAUUGUAACUUGUUGUAACGCAUUGUCAGUAAAAAAAAUGUUUUUUUUUAUCCUUUAACGCGUUGUAACAUAUCAAGGUGGUAGUUGUAACGUGUUGUAACGUAUUGUAACUUGUUGUAACGCAUUGUCAGUGAAAAAAAUGUUUUUUUUAUCUUUUAACGCGUUGUAACAUAUCAAGGUGGUAGUUGUAACGUGUUGUAACGUAUUGUAACUUGUUGUAACGCAUUGUCAGUGAAGAAAAUGUUUUUUUUAUCUUUUAACGCGUUGUAACAUAUCAAGGUGGUAGUUGUAACGUGUUGUAACGUAUUGUAACUUGUUGUAACGCAUUGUCAGUGAAAAAAAUGUUUUUUUUUAUCUUUUAACGCGUUGUAACAUAUCAAGGUGGUAGUUGUAACGUGUUGUAACGUAUUGUAACUUGUUGUAACGCAUUGUCAGUGAAGAAAAUGUGUUUUUUUUCUUUUAACGCGUUGUAACAUAUCAAGGUGGUAGUUGUAACGUGUUGUAACGUAUUGUAACUUGUUGUAACGCAUUGUCAGUAAAAAAAAAACGCAUUGUCAGUGAAGAAAAUGUUUUUUUUUAUCUUUUAACGCGUUGUAACAUAUCAAGGUGGUAGUUGUAACGUGUUGUAACGUAUUGUAACUUGUUGUAACGCAUUGUCAGUGAAGAAAAUGUGUUUUUUUAUCUUUUAACGCGUUGUAACAUAUCAAAGUGGUAGUUGUAACGUGUUGUAACGUAUUGUAACUUGUUGUAACGCAUUGUCAGUGAAGAAAAUGUUUUUUUUUAUCUUUUAACGCGUUGUAACAUAUCAAAGUGGUAGUUGUAACGUGUU